UUGUCGGAUGUUCAAAAAUUGUGAAAACGGAACGCAGUUAUGACAUCACACCAUGGUAAACGGAACGGCAUUGGAUAAAAAGUUGUUGUCCGGAUGCUAAUACGGAACGCACCCCUCUCUGUAUAUCUUGGUAUCCAAACCUCAAACUUUGAAUGACAAAGAAACCGGUGUUUUAUAAAAUCCUCUUCGCGACAUUAACAAGAGGUAGAAUCCAUUCGAAUUAUCUCAUCGUCCAUCAACUAACUUUCUAUGAGUGUAUUAACGCAAAGACUGAACCGCCUGCGAUGUACGUACUCGAUGUUGAGAUUUUGUGUCAAAGGCAACUACGUCCAGCGGAUGAGCGGCACGCUGUCGAAGCGCGAACUCGGUAAGCAUUCGACGCGUACGACACAAAUAGACCAUGUGGCGUGCAAUUUCCAACAGUAUCGACAAUUUGCGAUACUCUCCACGGAUCGUCAACAGGUUGACGUCGCUUCUCAAUCGAUUACCGAUGAUUAUGACGAGAGUACUAAGCCGGAGAAAAUAAAGGAAAAUGAAUAUGCUCGCAAUCUGUUUCUGAAUUCGAUCUAUUAUUCAAAGAGCGUGAUGAAGCCAAUCACGACGUACGCUUACGUCACGAACGAGGAGGCUCUGAGGCUUCUGGAGCAGGAUUGGAGUCUGAUGACGAGCGAAGAGAUAUUAUCGGCCAUCAAGAAGCUGUCCUACAAUAUUUGUCAUAAUAACAAUGAUCAUAUCGAUCCAUUGAAAUACAUGAAAGCUUUCAAUGUAUUGCGUAUAGAGGAAAUGAGCGAUAACGAUUUGUUGAUAAUGAUGCGGCACUUUGUGCCUUUUCGCAUUUUUUUAAAACAUAAUUUAUAUAAUAAUUUUUGCAAACGUGUGGACAGAGAAUGUGUGAAGCGCUUCUUGCAGUUGACAACUAAUGAGAUGCUGUUACUCUGCGAUGUGAUAUAUCAGAUGAUGCAUAACAACAUGUCUGAAUAUAUUUGGUAUGCUAUGAGGAAAUUAGGUAACAAACCUAAUAAACUCACUUCCAAACAAUUAGUGCAAGUUUUAUUCUUUCUGAAUAUAUGUCGAAAGCCACCUAUAAAUAUGUAUGAGCUUGAAUAUUAUUUAGAGCGGUGGAUGAACGAGUUGUCCAUCAAUGAGCUGGCAAUAGCAACAUUAGGUUUCUUUAAAACCCGCACGCAAAUUAGAAAUGUCAUUUUUCUGACAGAAAUCAUGAGGAAAACUAUCGCUGAAAUAGAGAGUGUAGACAGUGUUAGUAUUGGAGCACUCUUCAAAUUGAUACGAUUUAGUAUGCACCUCACAGCAAUCCCUAUGUUUCAAGAAUUAUUGAAAGCUGUGAUGCCGCACGAGCCGCGUUUUACGCUGAUGUCUCUGACACAUAUCGCGCACGCGUGUGGGAAGGUUGCGCUAUAUGAUGAAGAGUGCAUAGAUAGAAUAAUUAAAAGAUUUAAUAGUGAAAUAAAAACCGCGAGAUUAAAGGACUUCGAAAGAUUUAUUUGUGUGCUUGCUAAUCUCAACUUUGACCCAAGCAACAGUAUCUAUCAAAAUGUGAUCGAAGAACUUAGAGCCUCUUGGGACACGAGGCGAGCUCGGGAGAUAUCAAAGUAUCCAAAAGAAGCUUCACGAAUUUUAGGGUAUUUGGCGGUGUUAAGUAUAUAUCCUACGGAUCUGAUUCGACGUGUCAUGGCGCGCGAGCAUCUUGACAAAAUUUGCUGCGGCAAUUAUACUCAUCUCACACGCGAAUAUUGCGUGUUGGACUAUAGCCUCCGGCUGGAAGUACCCGAUUACAAUGGGCCAUUUCUUAAACCCUCUAUAUGUCAAUUUUUAGAAAAAAAAUAUUUCCAGGAAUAUUCCAGGAUUGGCUCAGGAGAAUCGAGUCGGGGGAAUCUGCUUUGUACAGGCGUGUUACAAACAUGUCAGGAGCUGUUCAACACUACAUCAAACAUAUCCAUCGUCCGACCGUUGCCGCAUUAUGUGCCGUCGGACAUCGUUUUCUGUCUAGACGAACAAAAUCAGCUCGUACCAUCAGAGGAAUUCCUAUCGCAAUUUCAAUCGAGUGAGAUCAUGCGCGUGGACAAAGAAACUUCGAAGAAUGUUAGAUGGAUUGCUCUCGUCAUGGCUCCUCAUGGACUUCUAAUAAGAAACAAUAAUUUACCUACUGGAAUGUUAGCUGCAAAACUAAAACAACUGUCCAUAAUUGGAUAUACGCCAAUCAUGAUAUCAUAUAUUUCUUGGAACAAAUGUGCAUCAGCACAGGAGAGAUGUGAUUACAUCAAAAAGCUUGUAUUUAGGAAUAACGAAUCAGAAUUGUUCAACAAAUAAUAUUACACAAUAUUUCUCUCAUUAUUUUAUAUUUAACUAAUAAACUUUAUGCGAACUGUUAA